AUGCUGCGCUGUGCUCCGGCAAUGAAGCGGGCAGCCCAGGCUGCAGGCGUGGGGCGCCUUCAGGCAAUGCGGGCCACUGCUGGCUUCAUCGGGCACCAUCCGAUCGCCAACUUGGGGCCUGGCCGUUGGCAUUCGACUGCCACGCAGUCGCCGUCACACGACCCUACCAUCCUCAACCCGCCUGUUGCAAACGUCAAGCUCAACCCGGAGCGGCCACCAUCUCACGAGUUCCAUCGACAUUCCACGAGGUACAGUCGUUCUUCUCGGGAGGUGCUUGAGGCGCUGGACAAGGACUGGAUGGACCAACCCCACUAUGAACCGGUCACGUGGCAAGACCGUGUUGCCCUACGCAUGGUGAAGACUUUGCGCAAGGCCAGCGAUGCUUACUUCAAAGACAGGCUGCUGGAUCGAGCCUGCAUGCUCGAGACCAUCGCAGCUGUGCCGGGCUUCGUGGCCGGCAUGAUUCACCACAUGCGUUCUCUGCGACGUCUGGUGCAUUGCAACUGGAUUAAGCCGACUAUGGACGAGGCAGAGAACGAGAGGAUGCACCUGAUGACCUUCAUGGAGUUAGCGAAGCAACGCUGGCACCAGCGCGUGCUGGUCGUGUGUGGGCAAGGGGUCUUCUUCGCUGCCUACACGAUCUUCUACGUGGUGACUCCACGCAUCGCCCACCGGUUCGUUGGAUACCUUGAGGAAGAGGCAGUCCACACCUACACAGAGAUGCUGAAGAUGGUUGAUGAGGGGAAGAUCGAGAACGUGCCUGCUCCAAAAGUGGCCAUCCAGUACUGGAACAUGCCAGAAGAUGCAACCCUUCGUGAUGUGAUUUUAGUUGUGAGAGCUGAUGAGGCUGAUCAUCGCCUCGUGAACCACCACAUGGGGGACCUCAUCGCCAAUGCCAGAGGAAAGGGCCCAGUCCGAGAGGGGAACCUCUGCGCGCAAGCCUGCCUACAGCUUGGAUACUACAGCCCUGAGUUUCCAAUUGAAUCAGGGUCUUGCAGAUCUGGCGUCCGACGUGGCAUGAAGUAUGGUUGUUCGAGCAAGCUUCAAACAGCAGAAGCUCGAAUCACGAUGCUGAUCAUGGCGGUAGAGGUGCGCCGCGCAAAGAGCGCCGGCAGCCGGCGAGGGGUGCCACUGACCAGGAGUUCUCAAGAGCCGGACGGAUGGGCUUCAUCUGCUUUCCAGAUGCAGCAAGAAUUGGAGCUGCUGCAGAGGUGGAAGGCUGAUGCGCUCAACGUCCUGGAGCAAAUGCAAGCCGAUGUUGCAUCUGCCCAGGAGAAGUACCAUCAGCAGCUGAAACACAAUCAGAUGUUGCAGGGUCGCUUGGAGCGUAUGGGUCUGGAAGCCAAAGCAGUUCUGACCGAAUUGCCACGUUACCAGACUCCAGGUGCUCUUCAUGAUUCCUCCGGGGGACCCGCAGAACCGGUCGGCGGAAGGCUCCGCCUUGUGCCUGAAGUGCCGGAAAGAUCGACUCUCGCAUCGUCUCACGGGUGGUAA